AUGGACCCUCCCGAAGUCGAAUCCGACGGGUUUGAAGUAGGCGAUGUGUUCACAGGACCAGGCGAUUAUCACACGGUGCUGUAUUAUGGCCACCAGCGGUUUGUCCUCAAAAUAAGGAAGCCAGAGCGCCGAGAAGACGGUGAUAUUCUGUCCGACGUCUUCCUGAGAAUCGAGGAGGCCGAGAAAGAUCCUGAUGAAAUGGCAUUCCAUCGAUGCCUGGAGGAUUUCAGAGAACUUGUCAUCUUGACCUGCAAACAUACGAUGUACACGCUCGCCGCAUCAGCCCCGCGGCUGAACAGUAGGCAAGCGUCGCUUGAGGACUUUCUGCACCCAACAACCUUCUACCUGUAA